UAAUGCUCUAGACGCAAGCAACGCUACGGGGGUACAAUUCGAGAAUGGUAUAUAAGAACGCGCCUACGUUCUAACCGUAUCACUUGCAAAGUGGAUUUAAUAUCAUAAAAUGGCAGCUAAGUUCAUAGUAUUCCUGUGCGCGGUGGCGACCGCUCGCGCUGGUGGCUUAAUCGGCGCCUCAUACGCCGCAGCCCCAGUCGCCUCAUACGCCGCCGCACCCUACGCAUACGGUGCUAACUACGCUGCACCCGCGUACUCCACCUACGCCGCUCCAGCCAUUUCAUCCUACGCCGUUCCCGCUGUAACAUCGUACGCCGCCGCCGCCCCCGUUGCGUACUCCGCCCCAAUCGUGAAAACCGUCGCGCCUGUCGCGUACUCCGCACCAAUCGUCAAGACCGUCGCGCCCGCAGUGUCGUCUGUGUCUACGUACUCCACUCACACUUCUCACGGCACACCCGUUGUCGCUAAAGCCAUCGCACCCGUCGCGACUUACGCCGCCGCACCCAUCAUCAAGAGCUACGCUGCUCCCGCUAUCUCCACUUACGCCGCCGCUCCUGCGUACUCCGCGUACGCUGCUCCCGCUAUCUCCACCUACGCCGCAGCGCCUGCGUACUCCACUUACGCUGCUCCGGUAGUGAAGAGCUACGCUGCCCCAGCGUACGCGUACUCCGCUCCCCUGUCUUAUGCUGCCCACGCUGCUCCCGCUGUCGCGUACGGAGGCUACGGUCACGGCUGGUGAUCACUGGUUUACCAAUGUGUACAAAUCUAGUUAUUAAUAUAAUGUAACGUGUAUAUAUUUAUUUUAUCAGAAUAAAAAAAAUCAAAAAUAAAA